CCGUAAGGAACUUUGCACAAAAAAAAAAACACAGCAACGGCAACAAAAACAGCCGGAGGAGCAUCAUCAUAGACAACGGUUGUCCCUCCCGCCCCGUCUCUCGGUCUUCGUUUGUGCCACCCGACCGGGCUGCAUACAACCCAACAACUUCAGUCUACACUUGAUAUAUAUACAGAUAUAUAGUAUAUACAUAUACGUAUAUAUACAAAAUAUAUAUAAAACAAAAACGAUCGAUUCUCGUGUGCGCGUGUGCGAGUGUGUGAGUGCGUGUUGCAUAUAUAGAGCCGACGGUUGCGACGACUUUGCUAUAUAAUCGGGUGUGCGGCUACGCACACAAAUACAGACAGAUACAGAUACACCCAUCGCUGCUACAGAUACAGCUGCAGAUACAUGAAUAUAUAUGCAUGCGUGUGUGUGUGUGUGUAUAUAUCUAGCCAAAGUAGAAGAUAUAUAUGCGUAUAAGCUGAACGCGGCGCACUCUGCUCUGUUUUUUCUUUUAUAAUUACUUUUGGCUAAAAUUAGAAAACGUGUGUGUUGCGCCAGUGAGUGUGUGUGUGUGAGUGUGUCUGCCUCACUAGUACUAGUAUCUGUGUCUGGCUAUAUCGCUGGUACAUCAUCAUCAUCAUCAUCAUCAUAGUCGUCGUCAGAGACGAUGUCUUCUGCGGCCGUGUGUGUGCCAGAAAACACUCGUCGCCAGUGAAUCAGACUACGACUACGGCUACGGGCUAUAUAGACAUCGGGCGAAGAUCGCGUAUACGGCCAGACAAACAUUAUCUUCUAUCAUAUAACUUGCAGCGGCGAGGAUAACACUUACAACUCGGCGACGAAGACGCCGCACACACGACCCAACCGAUCUCCGAUCCGAUCCGAUUCGAUACGAUCCGUUCCCGAUUCGGCAGCCGAAGCCGAGGCCGAGACCGAGACGAGCCGAUCUCUCAUAUCUCGCGCGCGUGAAAAACCUCGUGAAGGAAAAAUCAAACGCCACGCGACCUUACCUCUCUCUCUCUCUCGUUCGAUUGGGGGGGCGUGCAGCGGGGCGUGGCCGUGCGUCGACUCCAAAGCGCUCAAGUGAAACGUGUAGCUGAACAACAACAACAACAACAACAAAAACAACAAGAAUUCUAAACAAAAUUUAUUUAUUCGAAAGAUAGUUUUGGCAAAGUUAAAAAAAGAGAAAAAAACGCGACGGACAAACAAAAUGAGUCACCAGCAACAGCAACAGCAACAACAGUAUCUGUGGCAUACAGCAAAGUGUUAACAAAUUAAUGCUACAAAUAGUGAAAAUCAGCAGCAGUCGAAAAAAACAUUCUUACCCCCAAUUGCAUCUCUCGCCCGAGCAAUCUGUGUCUCUCUUGCCCCUGCUGUCGCUCAAAAUGCUACGAAAUUAUCGAAAGUAUUUGCAGGAUAAACGGAAAUACGACAAGGCACAACGAGGACGCAGCAGCAGCAGCAGCAGCAGUAGCAGCAGCAGCAAAAUUUGUCACGAUUAAACGCGAUUCAAGAAGAAGGAUAUACAACCAGCUGGAAACGGAAUCCCCAAAGAAGGAGCCACUCCAGAAGCAACUGCAACGGUUAGAACUGAGCUUUUAGCCAGACGAGGAAGAUCCUUUCAGAUUUUGUACAUAAAAUCAGGGCAAUAGCAACAACAAUUUUGGAGGACGCCAUGUAUGCGCAACAUUUGCGCAAAUGGAGUCUAAAAACAAAAAAGCCACUAAUGCCAUUGAUAUUGCUAAUAAUCUACGUCAGCAACAUGCUGCUGCCGACGACAGCAGCAGCCGCAGUGGCAGCCACACAGCAACAGUUGCAGCAACAACAACCACAGCAACCACAAAGAUUAUGGGAAGGCAGUGCAGAAGAAAGCAGCUACUAUAUACCACUGAGUUUGGAUAAUGGCAGCGGGAGCAGCAGUGAAAGCGCCAAGAGCACUGGCAGUAGUACCAGGGGCAGUGGCAGCAGCAGCAGCAGCCUCAGUAGCAGCAACAUCGACAACAAUAUCUUAAGUAGGCUGCUCAGCCGCACCAGCAAUAGUCUUAGUAGCCGUAGCAAUCUUAAGUUAAAGCCAGCAACAGUAUUCGACGCCGGCAGCAAUGCAGCUGUACAGCAACUGCAACAAGAGCAACAGAAGCAACAGCAGCAAGUGCCACAUGCUGCUGCCGCCGUGUCAAUGCAGCAGUCAAUGCAAAAAGUUCCAAAUACUUUAAUAAAUAGUCAAAUAUAUAAUUUAUUAAACAAUGGCAGGCCCAGCGAGGCGGCGAGCAGUAAAAUGCGUCGCCAUAUACCAACAACUCAGCUGCAACAGCAGCCACAGCAGCCAAAGUUGCAACAACCCAGCUUACCGCGGCCCGUAAGCAAUUACAGUAGGCGAGCCACGCAAAGCUAUCUCAUCGAGUCCUACGAAGUGCCAGACAGCCAGAUUUCGGAUGAGGACAGUCCGGAGCAGGCGGCGCGCAAUCGACGAGACGGCAACCAGCGGCCACUUCGCUCCGGCCAUCGCCAGCAGCUGCAGCAGGACAAGCGGGAUCAUCGCCGCCAGCGUCAGCAUCAGCGACAGGAGCAGAGACUGCGCCAACACGAGCCCACGCAGAAGCAGCAGCAGCAGCGGAGGAAGCAUCCCCGGAAGCACAGGGGACGACAGCGGGCCGGACGCUACUGCUCGGCCCGGGAUCCCGCCCAGCUGGCCUACUCGGCGCCCACCGUCUUCCAAGGCGUAUUCAUCUCCAUGUCGGCCGACCGGCGGGUCAACUUCUCGGCCACCAUGAAGGUGCUCAAGGUGUACAAGCAGCAGCGGGAUCUGCAGCUACCCCAGCUGGUCCGGCUGCAGUUCGCCCUGCGCAACGCCAGCGGCGAGUGCGACAUCUACAGGGAGCGGCUGCUGCCGCGGGGAGUACUCCGAUCCGGUAACGAUCUGCAGCAGUCCUCGGAUAUAUCCUACAUGAUGUUUGUCCAGCAAACGAAUCCGGGCAACUUUACCAUCCUCGGCCAGCCCGUGCGGGUCACCCACUCGGUGAUGGAAUCGGUCAAAAUGGCUGUGAGCGAAAAUUAUGCACAGAACGCAUCGAUCACGUCGAUCACCUCGGUGCCGAGCAACACGACCAUCGAAAAUGGCCGGGAGCUGCGUAUUGUUUGCAAGGUGUCCGGCCAGCCCCCGCCGAAGGUCACCUGGUUCAAGGAUGACAAGUCCAUCAAUCGAAAGCGCAACGUUUACCAAUUCAAGCAUCACAAAAGACGCUCCGAGCUGAUUGUGCGCUCCUUCAAUAGUUCCUCCGAUGCGGGCAAGUACGAGUGCCGUGCCAAGAACAAAGUCAGCAAGGCGAUCAUCAAGCGCCGCAUCAUGAUCAAUGCCUAUCCAGUUGCCUCUCGGCCGGACCAGACUCGCAGCUCGGGCACCCCCUGUCACUUUAUUGACUUCUGCUUCCACGGCGGCACCUGCAUGCUGAUCCCGGAUGUGAACGAGUUCUACUGCAAUUGCCCGAACGGAUACUUCGGCGAACGUUGCGAGAACAGUAGGCCCGACAGUAGGUACAGCAAUAGUAAUCCCGAAUUUUGCGACAAUUAUCAUGGAGAUAUUUUGUUGCAAUCUACGGCCAAAUACAAUACAUACCUUAAAUAACGACUAUUAAUGCAUAGAGUUUUGUUUUAUUAUUUUUAUGAUUUUUAUAAACGAAAAAAAAAAUACGAAAAACGAAAACCAAUCCCGCAAUCCAAGAACAUCGACAAUUGUAAUUUUUUUAUUAUAACGAAAAAUUAGAUAAUUUGUUGCGCUGUCAGAUUAAGCCCGAAAUCCGAAUGCCAUUACCAUUCACACAAUUUGCAACUACAAAAAAUUGUAAACCAUUCAAAAUACUCGUACUUGGGAGCCUCCUCGACCCCUGAGUGUCCCUCCUUUUCCACAGUCAAAAGAUACAGAUCCAGACUGACUUUUGCUAUAGGUUCUGUUUGGGAAUAUUUUGAAUAUGAAAAGCUGAAACUAAAAUUAAAAUAGAAUCUGACAUAAUUAAUAAAAUUAUUUUAUUGCAAAGAGAAGCGGAAAGCGAAAAGUAUAACCGAUUUUGACCCUGAACCGACUGUCACUGACACUGUUGCGCUUUUGUUGUUGUAUCAUAGACAUUAAAGAAAGAGAUCAAAGCUUGACGUAGCCGAGAACGUUGUAAUAAAUCCUGUAAAUAUCUCUCGUUUUUAACUAACGUUAAGUUUUGUGUACAUUUCAACUAAGUUAAUGCCACCAGCCCUUCUUUAACCAUAAUUUAUUAUUGUAUUUAAUUACACCUACAUAAAUUAUAAAAUUUGUAUCUUUAAGCUCACACAUACACACACACACCCAACACCCUCUCACACACACACACAUACACACUAUAAAGAUACUUAAUUUCGAAAUACUAUUUUAUUUGUCCUUGUUUCUGAUUUUGCAUAAUAUUUGAAAACUGAAAUGGAAAAACAUGUACGAUGUAUAAUUGCAAAUUUAGUUACGUUUUUUUUCUCACUGUGUAUGUUGACAUCAGUUUUUAUGGCUAGGCGUAAACGAGAUUAUUUUUAGUUUUAUUCGUAAGUGGAAAAUUUUUUAUAUAUUUAAUUAUUGAAAGAUUUAUACCAA